CCACCAUCCAUCAUUUGCUUAUAUCAGUUUAUUAUCCUAAACUGACCGUCUCUUAUAAAUCACAAUCUAAAAGAUUUACUUUGAGUUCACAGUUCUAAUUAUCCAAGUACUUUACCGUUUGCAAAAACAGAGAUACAUAUUUAGUGAUUUAUGUAACGUGAUAUUUAAGUAAAAUGAACAUGUAAUUAAUGACAUACACAAAUAUGUACACACAUUUAAAUACAUAUGCAUAUGAAGAUAUGUCAGUCAGAUUGAUAGGCAAUUCAACUAACAAUAAUAAUAAUCUAAAAAACCGAACCUGAUCAAAUUCAUCUGUUAACAGGAUAAAUUAAAUAAGAAUUAUCAAAUUAAUUUAAGCUUUGAAUAUAAAAUACUCUGUUGUGAAUUUGUCAAGAAAUUUCCUUGAAAGAUGAAGCAAUUACUACUGUUUUAUAUUAAACCAUUUAUACCGGACUGUAGUCAUAUUCCAUGUGGUCCACAUCAACAUUGUGUAAAAAAUAUAGCUGGAAAUGCUACAUGUGUUUGUCAUGUAUUUUUCGCUCCGGAAAAUAGUGAUCCCAGUAUUCCACUUGAUUGUCGUUUUAGUUGGGUUACUUUAUUGUUAGCGGUGAUCUUCUCACUGUUGAGCUUAAUUUGUAUUAUAUGGAUUAUAGGUGCGAUUUGUAAAGCAUGCUCAAGAAAAAGACAAUAUAAAAAUGUCAAACCAGUGGAUCAACCAGAAGAAGAAGGCGAAUCAAUUAGAUCUGUUCGAAGUUUUACAUCAAUACCUUAUAACGCAGCACCAAGAAAUUGUGACUAGAUGCAGAAUUCGAUGUGAUUUUUUUUACUAUGAGUAAACAUCACAUAAUCUUUGAUUAACUGAUUACUCAAUACUGUUAUUAUGUAAAACACCCUUAUUUUGUAGUGCAAUUUCUUAUUUUGUAUGAACCUAAUCAUGUCUGUAUAUUAGUGUGGAUCUACUAUAACUUUUAUCAAGAAGUUAAUAAUACAUCCAUGCUACGCUAACCAACUGUCAUUUAUCUUAAUUUAUGCUCAAGUUAAUUAGUUAAACGUUUACAAACACAGUUGUAUUUCAUCGAUGAAAGUUAUUCAACUAAUUACGUACUAACUUAAAUAGUAAAACAUUAACAAGCUAAAUAAUAAAUAUAUUUAUUGUUAUGUCUUAAUGAGUAGAAAAAAUUGAAUUUUUGAUGUUUCGCAACUUAAUGUCGGUCACUUCUUCAGAAUAAAUAAGUAAGUAACCGAAAUAAAUUAACACAAGUUCCUUUGUGUUAUUUAAACUUGUAUUAAUUUGUUUCGAUUAUUUAUUUGUUUAUUCUGAAGAAGUGACUUACAUUAAGUUACGAAACAUCAAAACUUCAGUUUUUUUCUACUUAUUAGAAUAUCACAAUAAAUUUAUUUAUAAUUAACUUUCUACCCAAUGCUCAAUUUAUUUGAAACUAUCAAUUUCAAUCUUAGCAUUAAUACCUAUAACAAGGUAAUUGUCUGGAUUCUGUAAACAAUUUAUUGAUUCCAAUUACUAUGUAUUCAGUAAUCGAUAAGAUUCAUUUAUUUAGUUAAGUGGUGGGUUUUUAAUAAUGAAAGUCAUAAAAUCAAUAAAAAUCAGC